UCUGCGCAUGCGAGGAGGUGCAUUUAUAUCUGUGCCUGUGAAAGUUCAUUCAUCACUUUGAGUAAUACGUGCUGUGAAAAAACUCUGAAUUUGGUCUACGUUGCUGAAAUACAGAAAAGAUUAACAAUAGUAAAAAUGAUGAAGGCAAUUUUUGGAUUCAUGCUGGUCGUCAGCACGUGUACGGCCUCUCUUAUGAUCAGAAGCGAAAGGGAUGCUCAAACUGAUUACGAAAACUCGAUUUGCGAGUGUGUUCCUUAUUAUCAAUGUUCUGCCAAGGGCACGGCAAAUGAGAAUGGCGAAGGUGUCAUUGAUAUCAGAGUGGCAACCUCUGAAGAAAAUCCAACCGCUGGUAGACGCACGUGUGGGCAUUACUUAGAAGUAUGCUGUUUACCACCUGACGUUAAUCCAGUGCAACCUGGAGUCAACGGAAGCAAUAAUGGCGGCAACGGAGGAAAUAAUAAUGACAAUACUGGCAAUGGUAAUGGCCACGUCAACAGAGGAUGUGGUUAUCGCAAUCCUGAAGGUAUUGGCUUUAGAAUCACUGGUAAUAACAACAACGAAGCUCAAUUUGCUGAGUACCCAUGGAUGGUUGCUAUUUUGGAAAGUAGCAGCCGUGAAAAAGCAUAUAUAUGUGGCGGUUCUCUCAUUCACAGAAGAGUUGUACUCACAGCUGCGCAUUGCGUUGCUGAAAAAUCUGCUACUUCCUUGAUAAUUCGUGCCGGUGAAUGGGACACCCAAACCACGAAUGAAGGUUUACCUCAUCAAGAUCGAGAUGUAGCUGUUGCUGUAAUUCAUCCCAAUUACAGACCUGGAACUCUUUUCAACGAUUUUGCUCUGCUUAUCCUCGAUAAUGUAAUCGAGCUUGCCGAUAAUGUCGAAAUUAUUUGUUUGCCCGAAGCUAACGAGAUCUUUGACAACUCCAAUUGCAUUGCUACUGGUUGGGGAAAGAGUGAAUUCGGUGAUGAAGGGAAAUACCAAGUAAUUUUGAAGGCUGUCCAGUUACCUCUUGUUCCUCGUGCCACUUGUCAGAACUCUUUGCGUAACACUCGUCUUGGAAAGUACUUUAAACUUGAUCAGUCAUUUAUAUGCGCUGGUGGCAUCGCUGGUAUUGAUACAUGCAAGGGCGACGGUGGAAGUCCUCUCGUAUGUCCAUUACGAUAUGAUCCAUCGCGUUACACUCAAGCUGGUAUUGUAGCUUGGGGUAUUGGUUGUGGUACGGAUGGCGUGCCUGGAGUCUAUGCUCACGUAAGCAUGGUUCGUCCAUGGAUUGACCAAACUCUCGCUAAUUACAAUAUUGACGUUACCUCGUAUUCAUCUGGAGCUAACAACAACUAUCCACCAGUCCAGGGUUAAUCCUUAGAAUUAACGUACAUUUGCAUGCUGACUGAGCUUCGGAAGAAGUCGUUUGUUUUUUGUAUUUUUACGAAAUAAACGUGUGAGAUUAAUAUUGCGAAUACUAACCAUUCGGCUCGAGUGAAGAAUAUUUCUGUAAAAUAUAUAGAAUUAUAAGGUUUUUAAGUUUGAUCUUUGUUUUUAACGCAACCACUGUAAAAAAAUAAUUUUUAUGAUUUUUUUCAAUAGAUGUUUUUCUUUAAAAUUCUA